UUCUGUCUGAGUACUGAGAGCCUGUCCUCCAUGUUUUAUAAGUAUUGACAUAACACUGUGUUAACAAUGCAUCCACAGAGCUUGGCUGAAGAAGAAAUAAAAGCAGAGCAGGACGUAGUGGAAGGGAUGGAUAUCUCCACUCGAUCCAAAGAUCCUGGCUCUGCUGAACGUACAGCUCAAAAAAGGAAGUUUCCAAGUCCGCCACACUCUUCUAAUGGUCAUUCCCCUGAAGAUUCAUCAACAAGCCCAAUUAAAAAGAAAAAGAAACCUGGCUUAUUGAACAGCAAUAAUAAAGAACAGUCAGAACUAAGACAUGGUCCGUUUUACUAUAUGAAGCAGCCACUCACCACAGACCCUGUUGAUGUUGUACCGCAGGAUGGACGGAAUGAUUUCUAUUGCUGGGUUUGUCAUCGGGAAGGCCAAGUCCUCUGCUGUGAACUCUGCCCUCGGGUUUAUCAUGCUAAGUGUCUGAAACUGACAGCGGAGCCAGAGGGGGAUUGGUUUUGCCCAGAAUGUGAGAAAAUUACUGUAGCAGAAUGCAUAGAAACACAGAGUAAAGCUAUGACAAUGCUCACUAUUGAACAGCUAUCCUACUUGCUCAAGUUUGCACUACAAAAAAUGAAACAGCCAGGGACAGAGCCAUUUCAAAAGCCAGUUUCACUGGACCAGCAUCCAGAUUAUGCAGAAUACAUCUUUCAUCCAAUGGACCUUUGUACGUUAGAAAAGAAUGUUAAAAAGAAGAUGUAUGGUUGCACUGAAGCCUUUCUGGCUGAUGCCAAAUGGAUUUUGCACAAUUGCAUUAUUUACAAUGGGGGAAAUCACAAAUUGACACAAACAGCAAAAGUCAUAAUUAAAAUCUGUGAACAUGAGAUGAAUGAAAUUGAAGUAUGUCCAGAAUGUUAUUUAGCUGCUUGCCAAAAACGAGAAAAUUGGUUUUGUGAACCUUGUAGCAAUCCACACCCAUUGGUUUGGGCUAAACUCAAGGGUUUCCCAUUCUGGCCGGCUAAAGCACUGAGAGAUAAAGAUGGUCAAGUUGAUGCUCGUUUCUUUGGUCAACAUGACAGAGCCUGGGUUCCAGUAAAUAAUUGCUACCUCAUGUCUAAAGAAAUUCCUUUUUCUGUGAAAAAGACUAAAAGCAUAUUCAACAGUGCAAUGCAAGAGAUGGAGGUUUAUGUGGAGAACAUUCGUAGAAAGUUUGGCGUAUUUAAUUAUGCACCUUUCCGGACACCAUAUACUCCCAACAAUCAGUACCAAAUGUUGUUAGACCCUUCAAAUCCUGGGGCUGGAACUGCUAAGACAGAUAAACAAGAGAAAAUCAAACUUAAUUUUGAUAUGACAGCAUCACCCAAGAUUUUAAUGAGCAAACCUAUGCUAAGUAGUAGUACUGGACGAAGAAUUUCCCUAACAGACAUGCCACGUUCACCAAUGAGUACAAAUUCAUCAGUACACACUGGAUCUGAUGUUGAACAGGAUGGAGAGAAAAAAGCAACGUCUAGUCACUUUAGUGCAAGUGAAGAGUCCAUGGAUUUUAUUGAUAAAAGUACGGCUUCUCCAGCACCAACAAGGACAGGCCAAACUGGAAGCUUGUCGGGUAGUCCCAAACCUUUCUCUCCUCAACCAUCAACUCCUACAGCUGCAAAGCAAGAAAGAACAUCUACUCCAGGCAGCAUUCUUAAUCUUAAUCUUGAUCGUAGUAAAGCUGAAAUGGAUCUGAAAGAGUUGAGUGAAUCUGUCCAGCAGCAAUCUACUCCUGUGCCACUGAUUUCACCAAAACGACAAAUUCGCAGCAGAUUCCAGCUGAAUCUUGACAAAACAAUAGAGAGUUGUAAAGCACAACUAGGAAUCAAUGAAAUAUCUGAAGAUGUUGCAGUAGAGCAUAGUGACUCAGAGGAUUCUGAAAAGUCAGACUCCAGUGAUAGUGAAUAUAUCAGUGAUGAUGAACAGAAGUCCAAAAAUGAUCAGGAAGAAGAAGAAAAAGAAAAAGAAGGUAUAAGAAAUGAUAAAGAAUCUUUAGUUGUGAAAAAAAAACUAAAGCCACCAACACCAACAGAAGAAAAAGAGGAAAUUAAAAGUACAAGCUCAGAAGCGGAGAAAAUAAAUAGCCCUGCCAAAGAGAAGGCAAAUGUAGACUCUGAUAAAGAGCUUUCAGAAAAAGUGAAAAAUUUGUCACAUCCUGCGAAGGAAAAACUGAAAACUAAAGAGGAGACGGACUCUCCAACAGUGCAUCUUGGUCUAGAUUCUGAUUCAGAAAAUGAGCUAGUUAUUGACCUAGGUGAAGACCAGUGUGGUCGUGAGGGACGAAAAAACAAAAAAGAAGUCAAGGAAUCGCCUCCUAAACAAGAAGCUGCAGCUAAAACCCCAGUUCCUUCAAGUGUCAACAGUCAGCCUCCAGUUGAAACCCACGUGCUUACUCGAUCAGCAUCCCAGACACCCCCAGCCGGUGUUACAGCUACGACAAGUGCUGCUUCUGCUGUCAGCACUCCAGCUGCAGCUACUGGCAGCCCAGUAAAAAAGCAGAGACCUCUCCUACCAAAGGAAACCGUCCCAGCUGUGCAGCGGGUAGUAUGGAAUUCUUCAAACAAAUUUCAGACUUCUUCCCAGAAAUGGCAUAUGCAGAAGGUGCAAAGGCAGCAACAGCAGCAGCAGCAGCAACAGCAGCAGAAUCA